GAGCCGAAAUCUGACACUUCUCCGACGGCGCCCUGGCGCCCCCUGAGUCCUUUCCUUCUACACACUUUCUUAAAGUUAUUUCCUUCACUGAAGCCUUAAACCUACAAUUUGUUUAAAGAAGAGAAAAAGGCAACUCAGUAUCUGCAAAGUACGGCAUGUGAAGCACGGGAAAACAAGGAAAGAUUCCUAGUCUUGGACCUAAAGCUACUUUCUUCAACAGGAACGUCGUUAAGCCUGACUUUACAUCAUUGAGUGGGAAGAACAGCAGCCCAGCUAAUCCAUUCUAGUAUGCGGUAGACUGCAGCCUGUGGGGUGUUCUUGGCAACAGACUCUAAAGCUAAGGGGAGGGGGGCCGACACGUUUAUGCAGGCUAUCAACACGCCAGUCCAGUGAAACCGAAAGCUGGGCAGUUUUCAAGGUCUGUGGGAGGGUAUCCACUGCUCGCUGGGUCCUGAGUGUUCCUAAAGGACUUAGUACCGUACCCGCCACCAUUGUUCACGGCUCCAUGGAGUUUGUGGCAGCCCUAGAAGACCUCCAAACAGGGGCCAGCUGUCCCAUCUGUCUGGACUACUUGAAAGACCCUGUGACCAUCAACUGUGGGCACAACUUCUGUCUCUCUUGCAUCAGUAUGUCCUGGAAGGGUCUGAAUGAUACUUUCCCCUGCCCCUUUUGCCGGCAUUGCUGUCCAGAAAGGAAGUUCACAAGCAACCCCCAGCUGAGCAACUUGAUUGAAAUUGCUAAGCUACUGCAGGUAAGAAGAAGCAAGAGGAAGAGGAAAGAAGAGAAGCUUGUAUGUGAAAAGCAUAAUCAGGUUUUGACCUUUUUCUGUCAGAAGGACCUGGAAGUUUUAUGUCCACAGUGUAGUUUCUCCACUGAUCACCGGAAUCACUACAUUUGGCCCAUAGAGAAGGCUGCUCCCCAUCAUAGGAGAAGAUUGGAGAAUUGCAUUGAGCCAUGGAAGGAGAGAAUAGAACAAGUUGAAAAGGUGAUAAUAAUGCAAACCAGAAAAUCAUUGGAACUGAAGAAGAAGGUAGACUACAGGAGGGAAGAAAUAAAGUCUGAAUUUGAGCAACUUUUGUUGUUUCUCAAAAAUGAGCAAGAAGCUGUUCUUCGGCAAUUGCAAGAUGAAGAAGUGGACAUUUUAACGAAACUAAAUGAAAACCUAACAACAUUUUCAAAUCAUCUUUCCACAUUAAGAUAUCUAUUAAAGGAGAUUGAGAGCAAACAUAUGAGGUCAGAGUUGGAAUUGCUAACAGAUGUUAAAAGUAUCUACCAUAGAUAUAAAACCUUGAAGUCCCCUGAACCGUUUUCAUUCCAGUUAAGGGAAUAUGGUUACCAUCUUCCCCCACAAUAUUCUGGCCUAAAUAAAAUUAUCAAGCAAUUUCAAGUAGACUUAAAGCUAGAUCCUGAAACAGCACAUCGUAAGCUUAUUAUCUCGGAAGAUAGAAAAACUGUGCAAUAUGGAAAUAAAAUACAUAGCUUACCUCAUAACCAAAGGAGGUUUUAUCUCUGCCCUGCUGUUCUGGGUUCUGGGGGUUAUAAUUCUGGCAGGCAGUAUUGGGAGGUGGAAGUGAAAGACAAGCCUGAGUGGAUCGUUGGUGUCUGCAAAGACUCUCUUCCCAGACGGAGAAGGAACCAGAGUCAACCAAUUUUAGUGCAAGAUGGAUUAUGGGGUGUUGGGCGAUGUAGUCAGAAUAAUUACAUUGCAUUGGGUCCUAAAAAAAUUAAUCUUCUGCCAAAAGUAAUACCCAAAAAGAUUGGCAUUUUUUUAGACUGUGAAUUGUGUGAGAUCUCUUUUUACAACUUGAGUGAUAGGUCUCUUCUCUAUAUUUUUAACUAUUAUUUUACAGAAACGCUUUGGCCUUAUUUCUAUACUGGAACUGACUCAAAACCUCUUAAAAUCUGUACAAUAACAGAUUCUGAAUGGUGAUUUAUUGUAAAACUCUUAACUUUUUUGUUGUUGGGGUGGUGGACAGAACUAAGCCAAUGCAUCUAUUUUAAACAAUUUUGUUGGUUUUUGUUGUUGGCGUCUUGUUUAAAGUCCAAUAAAUUUCUUUGUGUUGCCUAGGUGUUUUCCCUUAAAAUGUAUAUAAGGCCUUUAUUAAAUAAAGUAUCCAUUACCAUUCUA